UGAAAUUACCAGCUGGUUAUUAUUCCAUACCUUCGCAUCUCAUGUUGGACAAGACAGGGUAUAAAAGACCCGAACGAAAGCUUGUUCCUUACAUUCGCUACAUUGGCAAAUAUUCAAUAUGCUUUUGUACGUUGUUUUCUUCGCAGUUGUCGCUGUUGUGACAUCCAUUGAGAAUGAAACUCGAUUUCUAAGCGACCCUCUAGAUAAAUCAUCGAGGAUCAUAAACGGGGUAGAAGCAAAUAAAGGCGAAUUCCCCCACCAGGCGGCGCUACUAAAUAAUGGCUACCACUCAUGUGGGGCGUCUGUUAUCGCACAGAAUUGGGUAAUUACAGCCGCCCAUUGCGUCGACGGAAGGACUGCAGGACAAUUAGCUAUAGUGGUUAACCUUCAUGACUACAGUAAUCCAGGAAUAAGUGGAGUAGAUUACAUCUACUUUAAUGUUGAACAGAUAAUCAUGCAUGAGAACUACAACACAGGAUCUGGAGCUUUCCCAAAUGACGUGGCUGUCCUUAGGCUAACACCAAAAGCAGGGGUUGAUAUCUCCGGUAACGCAAUAAAGCUUGCAGAAGGAAGUCAAACUUAUGCAGGUCAAAUAUGUACUAUCAGUGGCUGGGGCGUCAAGGUUGAUGGUACUGGUGCUUCGAAACUGAAAAAAGCUGACGUGUCUGUGUUAAGCAAGAGUGAAUGUGUUAGCUACUGGGGAUCAAGGAACAUUCUUGACCAACAUGUUUGCGUGAAAGGGUACGAUACCACAGAAGGAAGCGGAUCAUGCAAUGGAGACAGUGGCGGACCCUUAAUCUGUGGAAAUGUACUUGUGGGUGUUACAUCCUGGGGAUUUUCCGGAUGUCACCAAGACGGCGUGGUGACACACCCAAGUGUGUACGCUCGGGUGACAACUUUCUAUAGCUGGGUGAAUAGCAAGUGUGGAAACUGCGCUGCUUAAUAAGCGACAUGUUUGUAUGUUGUCUGUGAAACAUUUAAAAUAAAAAGGCAAAUUUGAAAA